AUGGACGGUGUAGCAUAUUUCGAAAAGGCCGAUCUUGCCUACCACGACGACGGGCCAUCGCAAGAGCGUGAAUGGCUACCAGUCGAACCACGGAGCAGAGUGCGAUUUAGCGACCUGAACGGCGCGUCUCAGUACACGGAACUGAACGACGAGCUGUGCGACAACGAGGCACGAGAAUUUGACACAGGCAUGACUGGGUCGACACAGACAGUCUUUCAGGAAGAGACUGACCAGCCAACCUUUAUAUGGGACGGUGUUCAAUCUAGACGGUACGACUCCUCACCGCCACCAAUGCCACUGGCCGGAGUCGAGGAGUAUGAUCCCCCUCCACGCCUACGCUCUGGCUACAUGCAUUCAAACAGUCUAUUCGCACUGGAAGAAGGAAUUCCAACUAACGAGAUGUCUUUCAUGGAAUGGUAUCCCAAAGGCGAGGCCACACUGAGCUAUCUCGGCAGCAAUGGCGAGACGGCGACUAUAGCAGGCAUCAACAUCUGGAUGAUUGAAGCACGGUGUCCACUACUUGCAAUGGCUUUCGAACAUCGACGAUCUGGCCAAUAUCUGCACUUGGAAACUCUGACCGACAGUACGGCUGUCCCCUUCGUACGCUACCUGUAUACCGGAAGCUAUGCACUCACCACCGAUUUUGGUGAUCGACACGACGACGUGCCAACAUCAGUCCUACUGCAUUGCCGACUCUACCACCUCGCGAUCAUGUACGACAUUACGGACCUCAAGUCGCAAGCAUAUCUUAAUGUUCUCCGACAAUGCGAGUUCGGCUGCUCGUCUCCAGACCGACCCAUAGAUCUAUGCGCGGGAAUUCGUUAUGCUUAUGAGCAUCUUCGCGAAAAGGAAUUACUGGUCGACGCCCUGAUCAAUUAUUGCGUGUCUCAAUUCCUGGGACAUCGGCUGGGCCAAGAUGCAGAGUUUCAAGGGCUUGCAUAUGAUCUGCGGCCAUUUCACCAAGCUCUUUGUCGAAAUACCGCAGCAGCGAUCAUUCAGAUGCCGUUCCGUUCGUACACCCCAGACGGUUACGCUUCAAAGGACAUCACGAGCAAUAGGCACAAAGAUGUGAUAUACCACUUCCACGCACAAGACGACUUUGAGGUGCAGCAGAAGAAGAGGAAGCAGAAAGAGGUAGUGCCUGCGACAAAAGCCAGUGCACUGUCAUUGGCACUUCGACUUCGCAAAGUAGAGACAACAGAAGUGUCAGACGAGAGUGCAUCGGAGAACGAGGACUUCCGGAUGGUGACGAAACGCUGCAAGGUCGAACCCGACCAUACACACGAAGACGUUAAGUCAGAGCCAACCACAGAAGACGAGUACGAGAUCGUCGCACCCACCGCAGAGGUGCAGGACUUAAGCACAGAUGAUGAGGUGGUCGACGAGAAGCAGGUACCUGAAGACCAGGACCGACAGAGCGAUGCUAUCAUGGAAAAUCUGCCUGUUCAUGAUCGUCUGAGGCGUACGCCGACGUCUGAUGGAGCUGACUCGGACUCGGACUGGACUGUACUAUGA